AAUUUCUAAACAUUUAGCCUGUUCUGAAUUCUUAUCCAAGAAAAACUUAAUAAGAAAAUAUAUAUCUGUGAAAAAAAUUCGCCACUGCAUCGAGGAGAGGAGACAGUAGAUACGUCACUGACCGAUGUUGAUGGAAACGAAACACGUCAAACACGCGAACGGCAUGCGCGAGACGGAGCAACAUGAGCAAGAUGAUGCGGGAAAAUACGGAUUCGGAAGCCUUUUUCCAGAAGUAUACAAUAUCGGAAGAAAUCAUGACGAGACUCGAAUCUGUCAGGGAAGCGUUGAAAGAUGAUAUCGCCCGGGCUAAUCCGAUGUGGAAAAUUAUAGCUGGACAGAAUGAAGAAGAAAUAUGUUCAGAAAGUGAAGAUAGCGACAAUACUGAUGAGCCGACGGACAAUAGCGAGUCCCAAAUAAUGUGUGCCACAGAUCAAUCAGUACCAUUACAAUCUACUCAGUUUUACUUUUCGCAAGUCGAGAGAGUAGCAGAACCAGAGAAAUCUGCUGUCGCAUUACCACAAAAGUGUGAUAUUUUAGAGUGCGCCUGUGAAAAUUUAGAACGAAAUAAUGGCAGGCUAGACUUCGCUCAGUUAGAAAGCUUAUCCGAUGAGGAUCUUGUCCCACUAGUGGACGAGAUGAGAGAGAAAUUAAGUCUCAAGGGUAUCUAUAAUCUGUGUCUGUCGAUGAGCGAUAUGACUAUCGAGCAGAAAAUGAAGUAUAUCAAUACAUUUUGCACGCAUAUCUUGCUACCGAAGAUAGUCGAACUCGAGGAGCCAUCUCGUUUGUUGUCAUCUGCUAUUGUUGAAUGCAUUAAAAUAUUUCCUGAUGAGGUUCAGCAAUUUAUAUUUGUUCCUAUUCUCAAUACUGAGUUGAAAGACAUAACGUUGGUCACCACCAUUGUGAACACAUUUGACCAGGAAAGGAAAGCGAUUCUCUUAGAAGAGUUUCUUGCUGGUGUCCAAGAAUUGAAAUUGUGGCACAUAUCUAUAUUGCAAAAUUUUUUAUCCAUAAGACUAGACCACAACAUGACCGAUAAAGUUGUCAAAUUAUUCUCAGAGAAGGCACUUUAUUAUUCUAAAGAUAAGAACUUUGGAAAGCUUGUGCUGUCAUUUUUAAAAGUUAAUACAGCACUAUCUGAAGAGCAGAAAAGUAUAAUGACUGAAGUCGCCGCCGUGAAUGAAACGUUAUUCAAAAAACCUAUAGAAAGUAUUUUAAGCAAAAUGUAAUCGCUAAAUCGCACGUAUAAACGACGCGAACAAUUGUCUAGUUUCCUCCGAUUAACAAAUUUAUAUAUAUAUUUGAGAAUUAAAUUCUUUUUAAGUUGAAAUUCGAUAUUAAUAACAUUACAACCGA